ACACUUACACACACACAAACACACUCACACAGACACAUACACACACACUCACACACACACACACACACACACACACACUGACAGCAGGCUGAAAGCUGUAAACACACAUAUAUGAAUGCCAUGCCGAAUAAACCGAAGAAAGACAAGGAUCCACCAAAAUCUGCAAAAGUGGGUAAAACAGGAGGACAGGAGAACUCAGAACAUGAGGAUCUUGCUACACUGGUGACGAAACCCAGGAGUGAGGGAGAUAGCCGUCAUGGAAUCCUCGCCGCUGGCUGACAUUAUCAAGACACUCGCUGGCAUCCACCAGACACAACACCAGGCCCUCCUGGAGCUUCAUACCGAACAGGAGCAACGGUUCGAGGCACUCGUGCGGGCCCAGGCAGAGGACCGGCGGGCAUUUCAGAGCUUGCUGCCAGUAGCAAUGACACCGGCUGCGGGGCCCCCACCUCAGAUCACCCUGGCCAAGAUGGGCCCCUGGGAUGACCCCAAAGCAUUUGUGGAGUGGUUCGAGCAGGCCGCUGCAGUGUCGGGAAAUUCGAUAAUUUGCCCGCCCUUUUGCCUUCGCCCAGCAGCUCCGGGAUGCCUGCCGGAGGAGGUUGCUAGCAGAAGACCGCGACGCCGGGGGGAUUGUCAACUUGGUGGUACUGGAACAGUUUAUCGACUGGCUGCCAAAAUAAAAUGCGGAGUGGGUCCAUUGCCACCGCCCGAUGCCGCUGGAUUUUGAAGUCCGGUUGGCUGAGGACCACUUGACGGUGUAUUUGGGAGAUGGCCAAGCCUUUUCUCUCUCUCUCUCUCUCUCUCUCUCUCUCUCUCUCUCUCUCUCCCCCCAUCUUGUCACUGGUCCUCAGUGGCGGGGGUUCAUUUCCCGAAACCCGCUCCGUAGACCUGGGUGGAUCCGGGUGUUUCUACCACCCCCUCUCUGUCUGUUUCCCUUUCCUGCCAGUUUGGAGAAUCUGGGGCCGCAGGUGCGGGGGGAAGGUCUGGGCCAGUGUGCUGGUGCUGCGGGGAGCCGGGCCACUUCCAGGAUCAGUGCCCGGUGAUGGAUGUGGGGAUGUCAGUCCAGAUUCCCGACGUGUCGCAUACCGCCCCCGACCGUUUAUAUUCAACACUGGAUUUAACAAAGGGAUAUUGACAGAUUGCCUUGACUCCCAUGUCCCGAGAAAAACGUCCUUUUCCACUCCGUUGGGCUUACACCAAUUUGUUACUCUUCCGUUCGGUUUGUUUGGAGCCCCGGCGACGUUUCAGCGACUCAUGGACAAAGUUCACUGCCCACACGCUGCGUAUGCCGCUGCCUAUCUGGAUGAUAUCAUCUAUAGCAAUGAUUGUCAGCAGCACAUCCAGCAUCUGAGGGCUGUCCUGAGGUCCCUGAGGCGAGCGUGACUCACAGCAAAUCCAAGGAAGUGUGCAAUUGGGCGGGUGGAGGUACAGUAUCUGGGCUUCCACUUGGGUCACGGACAAGUGCAUCCCCAAAUUGAUAAGACAGCAGCCAAUGCUAACCCUAACCCAAGUCCAAAAAAGGGGGUGAGACUGUCUAUUAUUGGAGGUUUGUGUCUAAUUAUUCGGAUGUCACCAGCCUGCUGACUGAUCUCACUAAAAAGGGAGCACCAGACCCGGUCCAGUGGACGGAGCUGUGCCAACAGGCUUUCUUACAAGUAAAGGCUGCACUCUGUGGCGGACCACUGUUGCAUUACCCUGACUUCUCUAUCCCUUUUGUUUUACAGACGGACGCAUCGGACGAGGGGUUGGGGGCGUGGCCGAGCACCGUGCUGUGAAGAGUGAAGCGGGGGAUGAUGAGUGCACUCAGCUCGGUGCGGUGUUCACGAAGUGUCUCUGACAGCCAGGGGCUGGAGAGUGUGGCAUGUGCUGGCUUGGAGGGAUCCAAUAAGAACAGCGUUCCUCCCACCACGCAGCUGCUGAAGGGGAAACAGUCCGGAUCUCAGUCCGCCGUUAAAAAAGACAAGAGACAGAGCUCGUCCAGAUUCAGCUUGAGCAACAAUCGAGAACUCCAGAAACUCCCUGCAUUUAAAGAUGUCCCCCCUGCCGAGCAGGAGAAAUUGUUCGUACAGAAGCUGCGUCAGUGCUGCGUGCUCUUUGACUUUGUGUCUGACCCGCUGAGCGACCUGAAAUGGAAGGAGGUGAAACGGGCGGCGCUCAGCGAGAUGGUGGAGUACAUCACUCAUAACAGGAAUGUCAUCACUGAGCCCAUCUAUCCUGAGGUUGUUCACAUGUUUGCAGUGAACAUGUUUAGGACGUUACCCCCAUCAUCGAACCCGACUGGGGCUGAGUUUGACCCAGAGGAGGAUGAGCCAACUUUAGAGGCGGCCUGGCCACACCUACAGCUUGUGUAUGAAUUUUUCCUGCGGUUUUUAGAGUCACCAGACUUUCAACCAAACAUAGCCAAGAAAUACAUAGAACAGAAGUUUGUGUUACAGCUGCUGGAGCUGUUUGACAGUGAAGACCCUCGUGAACGUGACUUCCUGAAGACCACUCUCCAUCGCAUCUACGGGAAGUUUUUGGGUCUCAGAGCGUACAUCAGAAAACAGAUUAAUAAUAUAUUCUAUAGCUGUAUAUUAUUUCCAUACAGGUUCAUAUAUGAAACGGAGCAUCAUAAUGGAAUAGCAGAACUACUGGAAAUAUUAGGAAGCAUAAUUAACGGCUUUGCCUUACCACUGAAAGAAGAGCACAAAAUCUUCCUGCUAAAAGUUUUGUUACCGUUGCACAAAGUGAAGUCGCUCAGUGUGUAUCACCCACAGCUGGCAUACUGUGUGGUGCAGUUUUUAGAGAAGGAUAGCACACUGACUGAGCCGGUGGUGAUGGCUCUGCUGAAGUACUGGCCAAAGACUCACAGUCCAAAGGAAGUGAUGUUCCUGAAUGAGCUGGAGGAGAUCCUGGACGUCAUUGAGCCGUCAGAGUUUGUGAAAGUGAUGGAGCCGCUCUUCAGACAGCUCGCAAAAUGUGUCUCCAGCCCGCACUUCCAGGUUGCAGAGCGUGCCCUCUACUACUGGAAUAAUGAAUACAUCAUGAGUUUAAUCAGUGAUAACGCUGCCAGGAUUCUGCCCAUCAUGUUCCCAUCACUGUACCGAAACUCCAAAACCCACUGGAACAAGACGAUUCAUGGUCUUAUCUAUAACGCACUGAAGCUGUUUAUGGAGAUGAAUCAGAAGUUGUUUGAUGACUGCACACAGCAGUUCAGAGCCGAGAAGAACAAAGAGAAAGCGAAGUGGAAAGAGCGCGAGGAGGCGUGGAUAAAGAUCGAGAGUCUCGCCAAAUCAAACCCGCAGUUCAUGAUGUACAUUGACUCCGGCAGCCUCGGCAGUCCAAUGGAUAUGGAGACAGAUGGACCGAUGAUCGAUGAUGUCAUGAUGCUAAAAAAGACCGUAGUAGAAGAAGCCACUCAGCUGCACAGAGAACAGCGUAAGGAACGCCCCCUGAUGCGACGCAAGUCUGAGCUGCCUCAGGAUAUCUCCACAGUGAAAGCUCUGGAGACGCACCGGCGCGCUGAAGAGAUGAUCAUUGCCCAGGACGGCCACUAGAGGACCACAAAUGCCCAAAACCAGCCCAGUCUCACUCUGCCGCGCAAGAGCCGGCCCCAUACAGCACUGAUGCCAGUGGCACUGGACAAGCCCUGGUGUGACACACAAACACGCCCAGUUCUGCCGUCCAGAACUGCACCAGUGCCCGUCCAAAAUCCCCUGCUAGUCUAGUCAUCUCUCCAUUCUCGACUCUUUUCUGUUUUGUUUGUUUCUCUCUUUUAAGAUGUUACGUGCCUGUACCGACUCGAUUCAGGCACUGGGACAGGUCAUUUUUGACAAAGAGCACUUGAAGUGUAGCUGUCGACUGUGUCCAGAGUGAUCGAGCGAUUCUCAGGUUGUUCGGAGGCCGAGAGAACAGCGUUUUUGGGCCAAUGUCAAAGCCCAGACGCCAUGACAGCCGGUCUUAGCUUUCGGCCUCGGUCUUCGGUGGUCCGUGUCUUUUUAUGUGUGACGUUUCAUGUUCACUUCCGCUGUGGGAACUGUCAUUUUAGUCUUAACGAAAACCGACUACGUGUAUGUGUAUUUUGCAUUCAAAACGUGCUGGUCUGUCUUUCGAAUUAUUAACCAGUGCAAAUACCCUUCCAUUUUUCGGAAUAAUUUUAAAAUGUUAAUAUUUUUACAGUUGGCAAUAAGUUUGUCCAAGUAGAUAUUGGUUGUUCAAACAAUGGUGAAUGGCCUUAUAAUGGUUUUAUUGUCGAUCCACUUUGUUUUUCCAUAAUCGCAGAUAGAAAUACAGUAUAGUUUAAGCUUUCGAAUGGGCAAUAUUUAACGUAAACGUUUUCUUUACCCAGUUACGUGUGCAUUUUUCGACUAAGCCUUCAUUUGCAUAGAGUGCCUUUUUAGGAAAACCUAAACAACGUGCUGUCAUGCUUAGCAGUGUUACCUAUAUUACAUUUUCCGUUGGAAAAUCCGUUACUUGCUGUUUGUACAUUUACUCGCAUCCGUCUUUCUGUACACAUGAGAAUGACGUAAGAAUGAGCGAUUUUUCGUGGUGGAUUUUUUUGGGACCUGGACAAGCCCAACAAAGGACAGAAAGAAACAUUUCCUGAUAAACUUGAACAACUUUCAGUGUCUGCUUUCAUUACGUUUGUUUUAUAAUUAUUUCCUAUAAACCAUUGUUUGAACAUCCAUUAUGUUUCGCCUGGUUGGAACUACAUGCAGUUCUCUUUCUGCGUAUGUCUGUGACGUGAUUUAAAGAUUAACCCUAACCCUAAUCUUUUUUUUAUUAUUUUUUUAUUCUCUGCCCAGAUAAACGUAUUGAUGUUCGAUUUGAAUGUGCACAUUUAAAUAGAUAUAGAUAACACAUUAUUUUUCUCUAUUCCAGCCUCUCUAACUUGUUUUCUGUUAUUAAUUUAAGUUUCUCCCUCUUAUAUUUUGAAUGUAGUGAUAAAAUCUAAAAAUAUAUUCUUAAAAUGAUUUUUUCUUGCCAGUGUCAAUAGAAUAACUUUAAAACUCGUUUGUUUUCCAGCUAGAAGCUUCUAUUGUGGUUCACUCACCGUUUCUGUUUUCAGUUCAUGAGUGAAAAAUAAAACGGCAAAGUGUCCUUUAGUACGCAUACCCAUACUAAAUGGCUUCAUCUGAUAUUGUACAUAUUAUGUACUGUUAUGGUCCAUCUAUUAUUGAAUGGUAGAUCUCUUAUUUUGUAUAAAUAUUUCUUGUGUACAGAUGAAAACAGUUAUUAGCCACUUGCAGACCGUUGGUAUUUGACAGACUUCUGUAACUGCGUUAGAAACGUUUAGAAUUUAAUUUCUAAUGUUUUUUGUUUUUGUUUUUUUUAAUCUGUAAUUCAGAACAAUUCUGUCUCUGCAUUCAGCUGUCUGAUGAAAUCCAUCAUAAAAUAGCCUUCAUAUGUACUUUUCUCCAAUUCUCAAGUGGUAUAUGUCUAUAUACAGGAAAUAAAGAAAACGUGUUUUAUAUUUUCA